AGCAAAACCCAAAAGUGUGGAAGAACGAAGACCAGAAAAGAAAACAGAGUGAUUGAAGAAGAGAAUGAUGGGGAAUUGAGGUUGUGGUGAAUGUUGGAGUUGGAGUAACCCAACAAUGGCAUUGAGACUGAGACUCAAAGUGUCUUCAAUUGGGUCACCUUUUCUGCAGUUAGGUUCUUCUGCAACUGCUGCCUUCUCAUUCUCCCAACCAUGCUCUCUUCCCAAACUUGCUUUUCAUCCACCACGCUUGCAACUCAACAAAAAUUCACACCCAAUAAGGUUCCUUGUUCGGGCUGGUAGAACUGAGUCCAAAGGUGUUACCUUGGGCUUCAGGGCCCCACAAUUUCAGCUUCCAGAGCCUCUUACUGGGAAGGUUUGGACAUUGGAAGAUUUUGAAGCAUAUCCUGCUCUAUUGGUUAUGUUUAUAUGUAACCACUGUCCAUUCGUUAAGCACCUGAAAAAAGACAUUGUAAAGCUUACAAAAUUCUAUGUGGAGAAAGGACUUGCGGUGAUUGCCAUAUCUUCAAAUUCCGUAGCCACACACCCCCAGGAUGGUCCAGAAUUCAUGGCAGAAGAUGCUAAACUGUUUGACUAUCCUUUUCCAUACCUAUAUGAUGAGUCACAGGAUGUUGCACGAGAUUUUGGAGCAGUUUGUACUCCAGAAUUUUACCUUUUCAAAAAGGAUGGUCGAAGGCCCUUUGAGCUGGUUUAUCAUGGUCAAUUUGAUGAUUCACGUCCAAGUAAUAAUGUACCCCUCACUGGAAGAGACUUGAGCUUGGCAAUAGAUCGUGUUCUUAGUGGCCAACCUGUACCAUCAGAGCAAAAACCUAGUGUUGGAUGCAGCAUAAAGUGGCACCCAAGGAAGAAGUUUUGAUUGAUAAACUGUAAUUAUCUUUUUCAUCAAAAGACAUUAAUCAGUGAGUUAAAGUUUCUUUUUCAGGUUGCUAUGCUUUAUGUAAUGUCACUAACCAUAUUAGGAUGUUACACCUUAUUUUCUAUUCAUUCAGUGUUCCUGUUCACCUACAAUUUCCGUAAGUGUGACUUGCAAGGAAAUGAUGUCAUUUGUGGUUCUUAUAGUUACUGUGUAUUUCACAUAAGUAAUAAGUUGCAUACUAUAGUACGCGCUGAUGAAUAGUAUAUUGUAAGUGUAAUAACAAGGGAGUUUGUUUUGCAAUCCUCCUAGAAAUACAACCAUGUUUAUUAUA